AUGUGUAAGACCGUGACAGACCCUCCACCGCCCCAGACCGUGACAGACCCUCCACCGCCCCAGACCGUGACAGACCCUCCACCGCCCCAGACCGUGACAGACCCUCCACCGCCCCAGACCGUGACAGACCCUCCACCGCUCCAGACCGUGACAGACCCUCCACCGCCCCAGACCGUGACAGACCCUCCACCGCCCCAGACCGUGACAGACCCUCCACCGCCCCAGACCGUGACAGACCCUCCACCGCUCCAGACCGUGACAGACCCUCCACCGCUCCAGACCGUGACAGACCCUCCACCUCCCCAGACCGUGACAGACCCUCCACCGCCCCAGACCGUGACAGACCCUCCACUGCCCCAGACCGUGACAGACCCUCCACCGCUCCAGACCGUGACAGACCCUCCACCGCCCCAGACCGUGACAGACCCUCCACCGCCCCAGACCGUGACAGACCCUCCACCGCCCCAGACCGUGACAGACCCUCCACCGCCCCAGACCGUGACAGACCCUCCACCGCUCCAGACCGUGACAGACCCUCCACCGGUCCAGACCGCUCCAGACCCUCCACCGCUCCAGAGUACCGGCCUUAUUGUAACUCUCAUUCCUCCGACGAUAAACGCGAGUCCGACCAUCACUCCUGCCGUGGACAGCAAACUUUACACCACACCAGCCGUGGACGGCGAACUUUACACCACACCAGCCGUGGACGGCGAGCUCUACACCACACCAGCCGUGGACGGCGAACUUUACACCACUCCAGCCGUGGACGCCGAACUUUACACCACACCAGCCGUGGACGGCAAGCUUUACACCUCACCAGCCGUGGACGGCGAACUUUACACCACACCAGCCGUGGACGGCGAACUUUACACCUCACCAGCCGUGGACGGCGAGCUUUACACCUCACCAGCCGUGGACGGCGAACUUUACACCACUCCAGCCGUGGACGCCGAACUUUACACCACACCAGCCGUGGACGGCGAGCUUUACACCUCACCAGCCGUGGACGGCGAACUUUACACCACACCAGCCGUGGACGGCAAACUUUACACCACUCCAGCCGUGGACGCCGAACUUUACACCACACCAGCCGUGGACGGCGAGCUUUACACCUCACCAGCCGUGGACGGCGAACUUUACACCACACCAGCCGUGGACGGCGAACUUUACACCUCACCAGCCGUGGACGGCGAACUUUACACCACACCAGCCGUGGACGGCGAACUUUACACCACUUCAACCGGGGACUCAGAGGAUGACGAGAGCGAUGUCUUCGUCAACACCAACCGCUGUAAUGUCCACUACAGUGAAAGUGGGGAAGACACUGAGGAUGAGAAGAAGGAAGAAGAGGACAGAGUGUAG